GCUGCUCAAAUCAGUAUCGCUUCAUUAUUUCUCGGAUCGCCUGCUCCUCAAGAUCUGACUAGUUCUAGGUACCAACAAAGACGUCCACAAGUGAGUGUUUCACCGAUUGCGUAUGUACACUGGUGUGAGGGUUUAAGAAAACACAGUGGAAAGCGAUGCCAGCGAGCAACGGUGGUGCCGAUCCAGCGUCUGUCUAUGCAGCUAAGAUAGGCGUCCACAUCAAAUACCAAGGCGAGCGCAGAUUCGAGGAGUGCAAUGCGGGCAAGCUAGUGCCAGACAUAGCAUCCGUCAAUCACCUCCUUCUCUCAGCGGGCGUUCUAAUUGACGCCCGAACGCAUGUCAGUUAUUUGACCGAACCCGGCCAUACGCAGUGUCAACAAUGCCAGGAGAAUGCAGAGUUCCAGUGGAGGUUCCAGUUGAUAACUGAGAACUCGGAGGUUUCAGGUAGCCUAGACAGGCGUCCACAUUCCUGUUCUGGAGGAAGAGUCAUAAGCAGGGAAUGGCUUCAUUCGGGGAAUUACUAUACGACAGAAUCCACUUUGGCACCGGCCAGCGCUGCUUAGGGUAUGUCUGUUGACCUACGGUCCCACUCGAUCUCUACACGGCUUGAACCGUAUUGUCCAAUCACACCCUCGGGCUCUUGGCUACGCUUCCUGAUUCAUUGCGUUGCUGCACCACAUUCUCAUCCUGCCCAUCCGCAUCUGUACACAGGGCUGUUUUCUCUUUCGGACCGAUGGCGAUUGCCCAAGUGGACGCUCAGGCUCGAUGUACAACAACAGUUGUUUCUUCUGCUUUAUACCGACUGAACCUGAGCUUUCCUCUCUUUCUCGCUUCAUUUGUUCUCGAUCGUUUCUUGGGUCUGACUUUAACGCCCUUGAAGCCGGGAUUGAGCCUAACCCCACUCCCAUUUGGUAUCGGAGAAAGCAGUUAAUACAUGGUC